UACGGAAACAAGUUACAGAGGCUGUGUGUCUUUUUCUGUCCCUUCAAAAGGCGCCAGGGAGGAGACUGCUCCAGAUCCAGUCAUCCGCUCCCCACCCGUUGUCACAUCCGCUUCUGUUCAGAACUUCCGUUGAUCUUUCAGAGCUCAAAUCAAAGAAGCUCUCUAUUCCCUCGCCUAAAUAAUAAAAAGGGCAUAUCCAUCCAUCAAUCAUGAACCCGGAUUCGACACGGGUUCACUGGUCGUCUCCCACAACCAUCCCAUCACAACAACAAUUUCACGCUUAUAACAAUAAUCAUUUCAUUUCUUCUUCAACCACAAACAUGUCUCAGGCACAGCAAUCUUUUCCUCCAGGUGCAGGUCCAAAUGACUCUCCCGACCAACCACAACCACAUUACCCCCCAGCUCACCCGUACAGGAGGAGUCAGAGCAAUUCUCCAUUCAGACAUACCUCCCAUCCAUCUCCGUAUCCCCAACCCAACAUUCCCCCAAUUCAACCCCAACCAGAGCUCAAGCAAGAGGCAUACUACUCCCCAACCUCAGCAGAGUUAUACACUCACGCCCAAGUACUCGCAUCCGGAGCAGGAGAGGGGUCGGCUUCCGCUCAUUACACUUCCCCAACAGCAAUAACUCGUCUUCCCCCUAUUCUACAAGUAGAGAAGAAGCAGGUUACAACAUCCGCAACACAAGCAGCAAGUGCAAGCAGGCGGAGGAAUGAGGCCCAUUUCGCGUGUCCAGUCCCCGGUUGUGGGAGCACAUUUACGCGUCGAUUCAAUCUCAGAGGACAUCUUCGAUCUCACACCGAGGAACGCCCAUAUGUGUGUGAGUACCCCGAUUGCAAGAAAGGCUUUGCAAGACAGCAUGACUGCAAGCGACAUCAAGCACUCCACGCCACCCGCUCUCAAUCCAACAUUUGCCAGGGCUGCAAAAAGACCUUCAGUCGCCUGGACGCCCUAAACCGACAUCUUCGUUCCGAGGGUGGUUCUGAAUGCAGACAGAUUGUAGAAGCUCAGCAGCAGGCUGCAGCACAUGCUCAGGCGAUCACACAGUCUCAGGGUCCUCCACUACCUGACCAUCCUCCUGGCAGCCAGCCAGGACCCAGUUCAAGCACUGCCAGUUAAUCGACUCCAGUGGUUGACACGCAUGGACAGAUGGACUCCCAGAACACUUUUAGAUCUUCAUGUCUUCAUGAUUCCUCUUUACACUCAGGAUGUAAGAUUACCUGAGCUUUAGGCUCAUCAUUCAUUCCCCUUACGUUCGCACUGAUGUAUACAUCUUGUAUCGAUCCCAACGUUUUUUCUCCCUUAAGUGGGCUUACAGGUUAAUAUACUUCGCUCAUAAUGUUACCCCAUGAUUUAUACCGAUGUUGUUACUGCCA